GCGGGGGCGUCCCCCCGGCCCGCGCGGGUCCCAGCAAGGUGACUGGCGGCCAGGAGCGGGACCGGGGCUGGACCCUCCGCCCCGCGCGGGGAGGGAGAGUGAGGCGUGCGCCCCGUCCGGGCUGCCCCUCCGAGGGAGCGGGGCUCGGGCUUCCCAUUCUCCUGGAGCAAAGCAGUUAAGAGCACCGGCUCUGGAGUCAUACUCCGGGCUGGGAUACCGGCUCUCUGACCCGGGACAAGUCUCUUAACCUCCUUGAGCCUCCUUUUCCGCAUCUGUGAAGUGGGGUCAGCAAUACCUACCUUAGGUCAUUGCGAGGUUAAAGGAGAUACAAUGGCAGAGAUCCUCCUGGCACUCCGAAGCCACUACUAAGAAGUGGCAGGGAAAGAGUUGGAGCGGUGCCAGCAGCAGGCGAAUGAGGUGACGGAAAUCAUGCUCAACAAUUUUGACAAGGUCCUGGAGCGUGAUGGGAAGCUGGCGGAGCUGGAGCAGCGUUCAGACCAACUCCUGGAUAUGAGCUCAGCCUUCAGCAAAACAACCAAGACCCUGGCCCAGAAGAAGCGCUGGGAGAAUACCCGUUGCCGGAUCUACUUGGGGCUGGUGGUGGGUGGUGGCCUGCUCAUCAUCCUGAUUUUGUUGCUGGCCAUCUUUCUCCCACAGAGCAGUGAGAACAGUAGUGCCCCACAAGCCCAGGAUGCAGGCACUGCCUCAGGGCAUGGGGACUGACUCAGCUGGGCUGAAUGGUGGCACUGGCCUUUUCUGGUUUCCAGAGAACCCUGGUGUUUGCUCCGUCUGAGCCACCCCAGUGAGCACUGAAAGACAGCCCUGAUGUGUGCACCUCUGCAUCUCCUAUUAUGCCACAGACUGGCCCUUGAGGGCAGCCUGCUAUAUCGGCCAUCCCAGGCCAGCCCCACCUGGAGCUCAGUAAAAGCUGCUGUUUGAUUAAAA